CGAGGUGACGUCACACGCGGAAGUAAACAGUCAGCAGCUGCAGAUAAGCAACUUUUCAUGCUUGUUAUCCGGCGAAAAUGUCGAUUUCUCACCCGAGACAAGUGUUUUCUUUCCCGUCGGUCCCGUUCGCCGGGACGAUCCUGGGGGGUCUGGAGCCCGGGGAGAUGGUUCUGAUCCAGGGCUCGGUGCCGGCCGACGCCGACAGGUUCCAGGUGGACCUGACCUGCGGCAGCAGCGUGAAGCCGCGGGCCGACGUCCUGUUCCACUUCAACCCGCGGAUCAACAAGUCCAGCGUGGUGUGCAACACGCUGACGGCGGAGAAGUGGGGCCGCGAGCAGAUCCUGCACACGAUGCCCUUCAGGCCCGGGGCCGCAUUCGAGCUGCUCAUCCUGGCGCUGGAGGACAAGUUCAAGGUGGCGGUGAACGGUUCCCACCUGUUGGAGUACCAGCACCGGCAGGAGCUGCAGCGGGUCGACACCAUUUGCAUCUCUGGGAGGGUGGAGGUGCAGGCGGUGGGGGUCGUCCCCCCGGCCGCCGUCGACGCCCCUCCUGCUGCCGCCGUGACUCAGGACUCGGAGACGUUGACGUCGGCGGCGGGCGACUUGGACGUUCCCUUCAGGGCCCGGCUGGACGGCGGCCUGAGCGUCGGGCGCAGCGUCGUCAUCAGAGCCGAGGUCCGGCCCGGCGCCAGCAGCUUCUGCGUGAACCUGAGCCCGGCGUCCGGCAGCAGCAUCGCUCUUCACCUCAACCCUCGUCUGAAUAAAAAGGUCUUCGUCAGGAACUCCUUCCUGUCCGGCUGCUGGGGCCCCGAGGAGACCCGGCUCGCCGGCUUCCCCUUCACGCCGGGCCGGUACUUCGAGAUGAUCGUGCUGUGCGACCCGCACCACUUCCGCGUGGCCGUGAACGGGGACCACCAGGUGGACUACCAGUACCGGGUCCAGGACCUGAGCAGCAUCGACCAGGUGGAGGUUCUGGGGGACCUGGUCCUGACGGAGGUCCGGGUGGUGCGGACCGGCAAGACCGGCAAGACCGGCAAGACCGGCCAGACCUCCGGGCCGCCGGCGCUGUGAGGCGCCGCCGCGGCCCGUCUACUGACCGUCUACCAACAAGUCUACCAAUCCGUAGACCAACUGGUCUAUGAUCCCAUCUACAAACUAGUCUACGAACCGUCUACAAACUAGUCUCCCAAUCCGUCCACGAAUCGGUCUACGAUCCCGUCUACCAACCCGUCUACCGAAAAGUCUACCGACUGUCUACCAACCGUCUACGAACUAGUAUCCCAAUCCGUCUACGAAUCGGUCUACUAACGCGUCUAGGAACUGUCUAGGAACUGUCCACCAACCGGUCCACCAACCGGUCUACCAACCGGUCUACCAACCGUCUACAAACUAGUGUACGAACCGUUUACAAACUAGUCUACGAACCCGUAGAACAACUGGUCUAUGAUCCCAUCUACAAACUAGUCUCCCAAUCCGUCCACGAAUCGGUCUACGAUCCCGUCUACCGAAAAGUCUACCGACUGUCUACCAACCGUCUACGAACUAGUAUCCCAAUCCGUCUACGAAUCGGUCUACUAACGCGUCUAGGAUCUGUCUAGGAACCGUCCAGGAACCGUCCACCAACCGUCUACGAUCUAGUCUACGAACCGUCUACGAACCAGUCUACGAACCGUCUACGAACCAGUCUACGAACCAGUCUACGAACCGUCUACGAACCAGUCUACGAACCAGUCUACGAACCAGUCUACGAACCGUCUACGAACCGUCUACGAACCGUCUACGAACCAGUCUACGAACCAGUCUACGAACCGUCUACGAACCAGUCUACGAACCAGUCUACGAACCGUCUACGAACCAGUCUACGAACCGUCUACGAACCGUCUACGAACCGUCCACCAACCGUCUACGAACCGUCUACGAACCGUCUACGAACCGUCUACGAACCGUCUACGAACCGUCUACGAACCAGUCUACGAACCGUCUACGAACCGUCUACGAACCGUCUACGAACCGUCCAAGUUUUUAAAUGUUUUUUCUGUGUGAAGUGGGGUCGGGGGUCGGGGGUCACCUCGAAUCAUCAAUCAUCUGAUCACCUGAUUAUUGAUCACCGUGGGAUUGAUUAUCGGACAGAAACAACCUCAGAUCCACCGCAGCAUCUGAACCAGGUUCAGGUCUGGACUUUAACCAGGUUGGUCCAGAACCUGGUGUUUGGAUCCACUUCCUGUCACAUGACCCGGUUUACGUUAUUCCAAAAAGGUAAAAAAACUGAAUAAAUGUACUAAACAUAGAAGCAAACAGGAUGUAAUGUUUCUGUUUCAGGACAAACGUCCUCAUGUGUCUCUAGAGGACUUCAUGGUCCACCAGGGACUGCAGACGUCCCUAGAAACCGCCGUCCCACCUGGACCCGUCCGUCUUCUCAGAUCCUGCAGAAGCUUUAAGGGGGAACAAGUUAAUGAAGCGUUUCCAAAUGUUACAAUCCAGAUGUUAGAUUCUUUUUUUGAUGCUUUCACACAGAAAAGGACUAGAAGAGGAUCAACUCCUGCACAAAUGUUGGUUUCUUUUUCAGUUUUGAUUUCCAACUCUGAAAACGGUGUUUCAACCAGAUCGACCCAGAAAACCCUCGGUCUCACGUUUAACGGUUAAGAACUUGAACAGAAACAAACGUCCAGUUCCUGAAACAUUCCUUUAUUAACAAGGUCGUGUUGAGGUUUUAAACUCAGGGCCAACUUGAACCCUAAAGUGUUCCUUAUGUUUCCUGCUGAAAUAUACCCAUAUAAAACCUAAUAUACCGAGAUAUAAAACCUUUUAAAUAUACUGAUAUAAAACCUUUAAUAUACCGAGAUAUAAAACCUUUUAACUUGCCGAUUCUGUCAGACAAGAAUAUUUAGCUCUAGUAGCCGACCUGUUACGUCAGUUAAGAUAAAUGUUUGUCUGCAGCUUCUGUUUUAAUGUUUUCUCCAGGUUUUUGUAAGCGAGCUGAGGUUUGAACACGGGACACGAGAGUUUUAGAUGUUUGUAUGAAAUCAUGGAGCUGCAUAUUUACAGAAAGUAUUUUAAUAUAUAUUAACGAACUGCUUCGUGAUGUCAAUGUGAUUGAUUAUUGGAAUCAUAUGCAAUGGUUUUGCAGCCUGAAAUACACAAGUCAUGACAUCUGUCCUUUAAAGAACAAAUAAAUACCUAU